AAAGCUAAUUUCCAGUCUCAAUACCUAGUUGAUCGCAGUCCAGAUCCAUGGCUCUUUGGAGAGCUCGCGCAGUUUCUUCUGCGUUUUCGAGUAUUGGCAUUCUUAACUUCCUCAAACCUUUAUCAUUUCUUAACAAUGCUUCUCGAAAUUUUGCUUCCGAUUCUGCAAACACAUAUAACCGCAGUGCACGUGAGAGUGUGAUGAAUCAAAUGAUGUAUUCUGACAUAAAUUCACAAAUUGGGAGUUGCAUGCCACUUAACGCUAUGAGAAUUGGGACAAUCAUUCAUAACAUAGAGAUGAACCCAGGGCAAGGUGGCAAAAUGGUCCGAGCAGCCGGGACUUGUGCGAAGAUAUUGAAAGAUCCUUCAUCAAGAUAUGUCUUAGUGGAACUCCCUUCAAAGAAGACAAAGUUGUUUGAUUCCCGUUGCAGGGCUACAAUUGGUAGAGCGUCCAAUCCAACUCAUGGUGAUAGGAAGCUUAGGAAGGCUGGGCAGAGCCGGUGGCUUGGUCGAAGGCCAGUAGUUCGAGGAGUGGCCAUGAAUCCUGUAGACCAUCCUCAUGGUGGAGGAGAGGGUAAGAGCAAAAGUAGUGGAAAAUAUGGGAGAGUUUCUGUUUCACCUUGGGGCAAACCGACUAAGAGUGGGUACAAGACUGGCCCUCUAAAGCGCAGAAGGUAAGCCUGAGACUAUAUUUUCUUGGUUAGCUUGAGCUCUUCUGUGUGAUGAUGUUAGUAAUAAUUGCUGUAACAUUUAUGUAUGUUACAAGAUUUUAUCUGUCUAAUUGAUGAAUUCUAAAGGGGCAGUCUUUUUGUGGAUUUUGUUGGAGUGAAUUGGUCAUUGCAAGUUAAUCGGUUUUCAGAUGUUUCCAUUUUCUGCUAUACACAACAUAAGGGUUUAGUAAGUUCAUGAGGCUCCUCUGUUCACAGUAGGAAAUUUGGCGAAGGUCCUAUUCUUCUUUGAUGAACUAAAUUUAGAUCAAUUUUGUUUACGUGGACAGAGCACAAUGGCGUCAUGUAAUUAUAUAGUUAACCUCAUUUAGUAGGAUAAUGUUAGUGGUGAUUGUUUGUUUACUUCGGUAUGAAUAUUUGGCUUUAAAAGGCAUGUUAACUUGAUGAUUUCAUUAUACAUUUUGUUUUUGAA